AUGCCGAGUUCAAAAGAGGAAGCUCAACAAUCAAAGCCUCCUAUCUCCGCUCGAACGAUAUCUAACAGGAAUGGCGGGGCUUCGUACAGCUCUCUCCAUUCUUUCAAUCGUCUCACAUCGGAUCGCCAUAUUCAGAGCACUGACUCAAUGAUCCCAUCUCCGCAUGAUUCAUCAACUGGCGCUGAUAUCUCUACCAGUGCCCAUGCGAAUAUCAACAGCUCUUCAUUUCACCGUAACUCAGAAUACUCUUCGUUGCUUCAGACACAGGGAAAUGCUAUGAGGGUGUAUGUUCGUGUGCGGCCCUAUAGCAAGCGCGAGAUCGCCCAGAAGAACAUGUCGCACCACAGUACUGUACGUAUCGAUUUGGAUAAUCCCUGCAUGAUCACGCUGUUUGAUCCAAGCCGCGACUUUCGCCCUGUUACGACAUAUAGCUUUACGCGAUGUUUUUGGUCUGUCUUCGAACACAGCACCGAUGGCGGCACAAGGACAAAUCUCGACGUGAGUGACUUGUGCGAGACUGUUGGUACGUAUCUAAAUGGCGCUCCGGGCGUACCCCGACGUCUUCACAGGUCUGGUUCACUUUCGGGGCGAGAAAAACUUGCCUCACCGUGCAGCUCUCGCGGAGGUGGACUACAGGAGAGAACGUUCAAUGAAAUCAAUAAAUUAGUGUAUGGGAGCUCUGGAUCCAACGCCGUCAUAGUUGACAGCAACGUCGGCCACCCGCCAUAUGCAAGCCAAGCCGAGGUGUAUCGGUAUGUUGGCCGCCCCAUCCUUGAGAACGCUCUCGAUGGGUAUAACGGAUGCAUCUUUGCAUACGGUCAGACGGGUAGCGGGAAGACCUUCACAAUGCUCGGCUACACGUCUGAUGCUCACUGCCAAGCGAAAAUAAGAGACCAAAGUAAUAGAAGCACCGAUGUUAGCAACAUGAGUGGGAGGAGUCGUAUGGAGCUUUCCACUGGAUGUGAUAGCGUUGGCAGCGGUUCUCAGUCCAAUUCCAACAAGCCACCCCUGAAAUUUGUGGAGGCCAGGAGCGUGGUUAACAAGUCUGGAAUUGAUCCGAGUGAACUUCGAGGAAUCAUACCCCGUAUCUGUGCAGAUCUCUUUGAAACCUUACGUCUCACGCGGGAGAAGGACCCGUCAUGCUCUUAUCGUGUUGAAGUGUCCUAUUUUGAGAUCUACCAAGAUAAAUUCUAUGAUCUCAUACGUCCGCAAAAAAGCACCGACCUAAAAAUUCGUCAUAACCCGACCUCCGGGCCUUAUGUGGACGGCCUUUGCUACAAGCUUGUGACGAACCAAGAGGAUGUUGCGGCAGCGGUUCAGAAGGGCAUCCAAGAGCGCCACACCGCGGCGACUAAGUUUAAUGAUCACAGCAGCCGCGGCCACGCGAUCCUGAGCCUCAACAUUGUGCAGCUCUUCCUUGACGGCGGCGGCACCCCAAGCAAAACGCAGGGCAAGCUGAACCUUGUGGAUCUGGCAGGCUCGGAGCGCGCCGGGCAGGCAGGUGUGGAUCGCCCCGAGUACGACGAAGGCGUCAAAAUCAACCAGUCGCUGACGGUAUUAGGACGCGUCAUCGAUUGUUUAGCGGAUCUCUCGCAGAACAAAUCCCUUGCCGUACCUGUACCCUACCGCGAUUCCAAGCUCACUCUUGUGCUGAUGGACUCGAUCGGUGGCAACAGCCAAACCUCGAUGGUGGCUACAAUCUCGCCACACACGAUGAACUACGAGGAGAUGAAGCAGACUCUGCGUUACGCCUCGCGCGCAAAACAGAUCGUCAACCGCGCCGUCCGAAACGAGGACCCGCAAGUUGUUCUGAUCCGCGAGCUUCGCAGUGAGGUGGAGCGGCUACAGAGGAUGUUGAGGGAGGUCGGAGGCUGCGGCUACACGCGUGAAUACGUCCUUGACCUUGAACAACAGGUGACAAGGCUCACAAAGAAGAACUCAGACCAGGAAUUGAUGCUGGCUACGAUGCGUGCAGAGCUUGAACGUAAGGGACUUGUGGACCCGACGUGUGCGGAGAGCUGUGCAGUUCAGACUCCCUCCAGUACCAAAAGCUUGGCUGCUGAGAGAACGGGGGAGAUGAUAUCACAGAAGUUUGUUCCCACAAAAAAGGGGGCUGCUAUCAGGCGGGCAAGCACUGAGCAGGAGGACAAGGUGAGCGAUGUAUACCUCACCACAUGCGGUAAGCAAAUCGUGAAACAAGAAAGAGAAAUUGCCCAUUAUCGAGCAGCAGACGCGAUGCAUCGUGACACAAUUUAUGCACUGCUCGAGGCCACUAUGCUAAACUUGAACAUGGUUUUGAAUUACACCAAAAAGAAAGAAGCAAUUGUUCUUAACACCUUCUGGAACGUGCUACUUCGAGCGUACUCAGAGGUGCGUGAAAUUGUAAAGCAUAUGAAGUCUGCGCAUGAAUAUGAGAUGAACGCUUGUAAGGGAAACUUUGAAGGGCAGCUGGAAAUUCAGGCGCAAAGGUUCCAAAGGAAGCUACGUGAAACCGUUGAGGAAAGCGCACAUCAACAACGGCAGCUAGUAGAUAAGCACAAGAAGACCCUCACUCAGAUGGAAGAGCACAUGCAACGCAACCGCGCGAUCUACGAAGAAAGUCGUAAGCGGAUGGAGGACGAGAAGGAAGAGCUCCGCAAACAGAGUAGCGCACAGCUCGCAAAGGAGCGAGAGUUGUACCAACAGGAGAUCAAACGCCUCCGGGCGAGCUUCGGCGACACUGUGCAGGAUUCACAGCGAUCCACAAAGGAGCUGCAGCAGGCGCGCGAAGCACAGGCCCGUGAGUUGGACCGCCUCCGGGAAGAAAUCGAGCAUCUAAAGCGCACGAAGGAGGUGGACCUCUCGCGUGUUAAGUAUCAGCUUGAGAAUGAGCAAUCGCGCCGUCAGUCGGAGCUUAUUGAUAAAGAUCGUCAGCGUCACAAGCUCGAGCUCGAGAUGGCCGAUCUGCGUCGACAAUUCACAACGCUUGAGUUAGAGAAAGCAAAGAAGCAGCUUGAAUAUGAGGAACACCUGGCUCUUGUUCUGCAGCGGCAAGACGACAUCAUCAACACCAGCAGUUCUGUCCUUAAGGAUUGGGAAAGCAAGUCCACGAGCAUGGAGGCGGACCUAUGCCGGCUACGUGAACUUGUACAUGACCAAGACUACAUGAACCUUCGGCAACGGAUGCGCGAUUCGGCCUUUCGGCAGCGCAUGAAUUAUGACCAAGCACUGCAAGAUGUAGAGGAAAAACAGAGACGUGAUACACAAAAGUUUUUGGAAAUCCUAACCAAAGCUAAAAAGGUUCAGGAGGAGCACGACGAAAGUCUGCAGCGCUAUCAGGAAGAGAUGCAGCAGUGGCUUCAUCUUAAAAGCUCCGAUAAAGAACUCUAG